CUUCGCUGCCCGCGGCUUUCGCACAUUUCGCGCUUAUUUAAUGGAAACUUGCUUUUAGAAUCGCCACAGUAUUCCGGGCAGCUUUGCGGUGUUUGUAUCUGGUGCCGUUGAAUUACUACAACAAAUAUUUUCCUCGCUUCAAAAGCAUUUGAACCGAAAAGUUUAUAUUUCCCAAAAAUAAAAUGGCAAACUUCGUGUGCUUCGUGAUCCUUUCGUUGGCUCUGUUCGCCAGUGUUGCUGUGGCGAAGCCAGGAUACGCAUUGGACUAUUAUGACCAUCCCAAAUAUGCCUUUAACUAUGGAGUGGCGGAUCACACCACAGGAGAUGUUAAGUCGCAGCAUGAAACUCGAGAUGGCGAUGUGGUCAAGGGUCAAUACUCCUUGGUUGAGCCCGACGGUUCCAUCCGCACUGUGGACUACACGGCGGACUCCAUUCACGGCUUCAAUGCGGUGGUGACCAAGUCGGGACCCACUGUGCACGCCCAGGCGGUGGUGGCCAAUCCCAUUGUGGCCCAUAAGCCCAUUUUGGCCCACUACGAACCUCAGGUGGUGAAGCACGUGGCUCCGGUGGCUCAUCAUGCCCCACUGGUGGUGGCCUCCCCGGCGCCCUAUGGCAUGAACACAUAUCGCAUGCUUAAGCUAUUCAGGCGGCAUGCCAACUAUCUGAACAAUCAGUAUCGCAAAUUGCACCCAGACGAAGACGACUACAACAACGAUGAUGCUGACGAUGAUCUGGGUUUUGACGCUGAUUACUAUGCAGCCUACUGACAAAAGUUCUGUGAUCUGUCUGAAUCUCUUACCAUAAUUGCAUUGUAAUCUCAUCAUUUCUAGCUUGGGUGGCAGUGGUUGCAUUGGCAAUUUCAUUCAAUAAAUUGCAAUUAGUCUCACAUUUGUGGCCAGUCAGGCAACUAAGCUGAAUCAUGGCUUGUAAACUGGGUUGGAAAUGUGUAACAUCAUAUGGUUGACUAAUCCGCCGACGACACGCCCCUUUACAGUGGGUUACCUCACUUUGCUCCGAUCGUAGAUCGUAGCCCAAAGAUCUAGCUUUGUUUAUGCACUUUCGGUUUCGAAUUUCCCACACAGAUUAUGUCAGGUGCAUCAUCUUCCAAACGAAAAAAAUAAAAAAAAGACAAACAUCAACCGCAGCAUAAUUUUCACGAAAAUUGCCGCCGUUUCUUCUUCUUCUUCUUCUUCUACGGCACUUUUCCCUUCACCCAAAGACUUUAGCAUAAUUUUCUCAAUGUCGCAAUGCCUUGGGCCUGGGAAUACACCUGAAUACAUGGUUAAUACACACUUAUGUGAAUACUCAUAAUUGUUGUGGGUGCUGCGGUGCAAUUUUAAUUGAGAAUUAUCAGCAAAACGCACAGCGAAAGAAAUCAGCGCUUAAAACAAAAGACUUAGGCAACGAACUUGUUUGCAUACAAAAAAGCAAGGAGGCAAAGGAAAACAAAACCAAAUAAAACAAAAAAGAAAAACAGCACCUGUGACCAAUUGCCCUGACAAAUUCGUGCACAAAUAAAUUAUUUGCAAUGGGGCCUAAAGAAAUGGCAAAGAAAAUGCCUUGGUCAGCAUUGAAUUGUUACUUUAUUUGUCUUCGCCAGUUGAGCUACUUACCAACAAUGGCAAAACGGUUAACAGCUGUUACCGCAGUUAACUUCUUGUUUUUUUUUUGUCGGUCAUUAUUACAACAGCGCCGGAGAGCGAAAUAAAUUUAAGUCAGACACAAAAAAGCUAAAGUU